AUGUUUUCGUCUUCGCCGCUUCCGUCUCCCCCGCUCAUCUUCGACUUGGGGGCACAUACAUUGCGGGCGGGUGUCGCCGGAGACGCUUUGCCGCGCUGGAUUGCGCCGAGCGUCGUGGGGCUGCCGCACGCGGCCUUAUCUUCGUCUUCUUUCGGCUUAUUUUCGGGGAGCGACGAGACGGGUUGCCAUGCUUCUCGAAACGCGGGCCCCCGCGCCCUACUAUCUCUCGCGCCUCUCAACCCCCUCGAGAAGCGCGAUCACGUCGAGCUCUCCCCCGUCGUGUUUUACCAGCCUUCGGCGCUCAGAGCGAACGCCGGCUCGGGCAACGGCGGCACCAGCAAAGAAGACAAAGAGGAGAAAGCGAAGAAAAAGCGGAAGAACGAGGAUUUCAAGAAGGAAGACAGAGGAGCCGAAGGCGCGUGCAGUGUCUUAGGAGCAGCAGGGGGAUGGGGAAACGCGCCGGGGGUAUAUUCCGUGGAUAUGCCGGGUUUCCGGCGGCUUCUGGAGACAGCGUGUGGGCCUCGCGGACUGGACGAGGGGACACUGGAGGGUCGGUCGGUCCUUCUCACCGAGCCGAAUGUGACAAAUCGCAGCCUCCGAGACUCUUUCGCCGAGAUGCUGUUUGAGGACUUGAAGGUAUCUCGGGCCUUUCUGUGCAAGAAGGCUGCGCUGGCGUGCUUUGGGUGCGCGCGCACGUCAGGGAUCGUCGCAGAUGUGGGGCACUCGAACACCUCGGUGUGCGCCGUCCAGGAGGGUUUCGUUCUCCAGAAGGCGGUUCAGGAAUUCCCCUUUGCAGCCUCGCACUGCGCAGCCUUCUCGCGGGGCGUGCUCCAACACCACGGCGUCGCAGUGACGCCGGGUUUCGCGGUCGUGCGCACGCCACUGAAGGCCGAAAAAGGAACCAGAAAAGGCGAGAAAGAAGAGCGCGAACGCGGCAGAAGGAAAGGCGCAACGGCGCCCGGAGAGAGGCGCCGGAGCGCCGAGCACGACGCGGGGCUGGGCAGAAGUGGUGCCAAGGCCGAGGACGACGGCAGAGGCGCGGAGACGAAAGCUGGAGAGGACUGUGCGCUGCCGGGCGUCUCGCGAGUCGUCGACGAAAAGAACAACGAAGUCGUCCACGUUGCACCCUGUCCACACGUCACUGCGAGCUACAGAGACUGGGGUGAACUCCACAUCGUCGAGGUGCUGGGAGAGUGUCGGUCUCGACAAGACGCUGCGGCGAUGGUGACGGCUUCACUUUCUUCUGCGGCUUCGCAGGCGUCCCGAGGCCGCCCGAAAGCGGGUCUCCGUCGAGGAAAGGCGAGCGCGUCACGAGGCAGCUCGGAGAGCGGCCGGGAGACUGUCUCCGGGGGCGCCGAGGGCGAGAAGAAGCGCGACGAACGGGAGAAACGAGACGAAGACGAAGACCGCGCACAGGCCUUUGUCCUGCCGGACGGGACCAAACUCAGCGGUGCAGUCACGGACGCCAUUCGCGCAGCGGUCCCCGAAACGCUCUUUUCCGCCCCGAUGCGGCUCCACUACUUCAGUCUCUUCGGUCCUGCGGGCUCGGGGCGAGAAGAGAGCGAGCGAGUCGGGAAGGCCGUCUGCGACCGCGAGCUCGUCGAAGCCGUCAAAGCGUGUGUCCUAAGCGCAGGAAGUUCCCGUCGAGACACCACAGCCACGGUGAUUCCCACUGGAGGAGGCAGUCUCUACCCCGGUUUCCUGGACCGAUUCCGAGAAGAGAUGCAGGCGCUGCAGCAAGACCCGAGUCUGGCCGUGCUGCUGGCCGCGCAUCGUCAAGCAGCGCUCGCGUCUCUUGACGCCGACGGCGCCUCCGGCCUCUGCACCCCCCUCCGCGUGGUGGCGAGCCCGGUGGACGCGGAGCGGCACUUCGCCUCCUGGAUCGGCGGUUCCAUUCUAGGGUGUCUCGGCAGCUUCUCGCAGUUCUGCGUGACGCAGGCCGAGUACGACGAGUACGGCGCGCGCGUGGCGAUCGACCGGAAAUGCCCUUGA